CCACUUGCGGAAAAAUCAUAAUUAAUUUUCAGUUCCCCCACGCAGCUUUUGCCGGUUCGUAUUCGGCUUGCAACUCCUACAUGUCUUCCAUGCUGCACUAGAUUCACACCGCCAUCAUAAAGAAGUAAAAACCCAUAGCUACUCUGGUCCAUCAUCUUGCUCUAUUCUCCACAGAAAACCCAUCCGUAUUCUCUGAAAAACAAGCAGGCAUGCUGCAAUAGCAAACAACAGACACCUGACAGAAACUAUAACUAUCCUGCAUGUAGCUCAUACUACUGCAAAUAAGCUAAAACCAUCAUGCUGGAUAUAGCAGACACUGUCUGACUAAGAGCAUGAAGAGGUCAUGUUUUACCCUUCUGGUCCAUUUGGAGCCCCAGUAUUAAAUAUUCAUCAAGGCCUGCGGGUGGUUUAGAAGGUCACUAAAAAUUGAAGGUCCAGAUUGUCAACGCAGCAUAGGAACAAUGCCUGAGAAAACAACUGCGGAGAAUAUUUUGAACAGCCUUGUGGAACUUGCUGAGAGUAGUUCAAAGCAGAAAUCUGUGUCAUUUUUUGGGGAAGAGAAAUCAAACACUGUCACUUCUCAGUUCAAUCGGCUGUUUGGACGCCAGAAGCCUGUCCACCGUCUUUUGGGGGGAGGAAAAUCUGCUGAUGUGUUGUUAUGGAGGAACAAGAAGGUCUCAGCUAGUUUCUUAACUGGUGCAACAACUAUCUGGGUGCUCUUUGAAUGGCUUAAUUACCAUUUUUUAACUCUUGUAUUCUUCGCUCUUGUUCUUGGUAUGCUUGCUCAGUUUAUUUGGUCGAAUGCUUCUGGCUUAUUCAGCAGUGGCAAGUCACAAACUAAGGUCCCCCGUCUUGCGCUGCCCGAGGAGAUCUUUGUCAACAUUGCCAUCUCAAUAAGUGCUGAGAUCAAUCGAGCCUUGAGUUAUCUUCAGGAUGUUGCAUGUGGAGGAAAUAUCAAGCAAUUACUUCUGGUUGUAGCAAGCUUGUGGGCUGCUGCUGUGUUAGGAAGCUGGUGCAAUUUUCUGACUGUUCUGUAUAUUGGUAUUGUUGCUGCCCACACACUGCCAGUUUUCUAUGAGAGGUAUGAAGAUCAAGUUGACAGCUUUGUGUAUAAUGUCCUUGAUCAGAUUCAAGGUCACUAUCGCAAGCUGGAUGCUGGUUUCCUUAGCAAGAUCCCUAAGGGAGGGCUUAAGGGAAAGAAGAAUGAGUAGAAUUAUUUAGUUCUUAAAGAACUUCUAUUGUUAAUCUCAUCUGUCUAUGGGGGGAUUAUGUUUAAAUAUGUAUUUGAAUGGAUAAAGAAGAAAAAUCAUGUUUGUUUGGAUUGAACUGGACAAUUAGCUCCACUUGAAGAAUGGUCUUUGCUGCUUUAUUGAAUUCUGGUUCAAUUGAAUCUUGUCUUGAGAGUUUGUCAUCUUGUAAAACUGUGACUGAUCAGUUUCUAAGAAGCAGCAUUUGAGAAU